AUGACAACUAAUUGCCCUAACUGUUUGAAAGAGUUUCAGAGCACUUGGGCUGUUUCACGACACCUGAGCCAGCCCCUUACAUCCUGUCUACGAUGGGUUGAUCAGCUUGAGGAUGCAGCGCAAAUCUUGCAAGACUCACAGUUCGCGGACCAGCACGCAACUCUCGGCCCAUCUGAGUCGUCAUCCAACCCUCGUCAUUCCAGAACACCAAACCCUUUUCAAGUUCAAGUUGAUAGUGAGGAAAUGGUGCAUGUUCAGGAUUUGAAUGACUCGGGCUAUUUCUACGGUGACGAGGGAGGCGUGGUGGGCUUGGAGAGUGACCUGCCAGGGUCGGUUGAAGAGCCUUUGGGCAGCCAAGCUUCGGAGAAGCCUUACGUCGAGCGCUUCAGGAACGCUGCGAAAGUGUAUCGGCGCGGCCAGACCUUUUGGGACAGGUUUAAUAUGGAUCCCUAUUCAGCAUAUCGCAAGGACAACCUUUACUAUCCAUUCGCGUCCCGUCAGGACUGGGAGCUCGGCAGCUUUCUCCUGUGCUCGUCAUUAAGUAUGGCCGCCAUAGAUGAGUUCCUGGAGCUCGAAUUAAUUAAAGCAUUGUCUCUCUCCUUUUGUACAGCCAAGGAGUUGCGUGGUCGUGCUGAGCUGCUACCUCCUGUUCCGAAGUGGCAGUACCGCAUAGUCUCAACCACUCACCCAACAAAACAGCCGCUAUAUUUGUACUGGCGCGAUCCAUUGGAUUGUAUCGAAUCGCUUUUUAGCCACCCGUUGUUUGCUAAAGAAAUAGAUGUCACGCCGCAACGUGUAUAUCACACAGUGGAACGCACAUCACGAAUUUACAAUGAAUGGCUGACAGGUGACGCAGCAUGGUCGAUGCAGUCACAACUUCCAGAUGGUGCGACAUUGUUAGGCAUCAUACUGUCCUCUGAUAAGACCAACAUCACCAACAUGACUGGUGGACGUGUCGCUCACCCGCUCCUGAUCAGCCUUGCCAAUAUCAAGAUGGCAACUCGAAACAAGGCAUCCUCACAUGCUUUCCUCCUAACAGCGCUGCUUCCAAUUGCUGAAUUUCUGCAUCCAGUGAAACGGAUGCAGAGUGUUCUUGAAGCCCGCUUAGUCCACCAGUGUCUAGAUAUCGUGCUAGAGCCGCUCAAGCAAGCUGCACGCAUCGGCCGGAUGAUGUCGGACCCACUUGGGAACCUCAGAUACUGUUUCACUCCCUUAGCUUCGUACAUUGUCGAUACACCCGAGGCAUGCAUGCUCGCAUGUGUCCGAGGAAAGACCUCACCGAUCACUAUGGCUAUGUAUGAAAACUUCGGAGACGCCUUCCAGCACUCCCCUCGAACAGCUAAAAUGACUCUCGACCAGCUUUCGAGCAUUAGUUGUGACCCCCUCGACGUCGAAGGUUACUUUAAUGCAUGCGCUCCAUUCCGCCUGAGUGGCGUAGCCCAGCCAUUCUGGCGUGAUUGGUCACUUGCGGAUCCGCAUGUAUUUUUCACUCCCGAACCCCUGCAUCACUGGCACCGUGAGUUCUAUGAUCACGAUGUUAAGUGGUGUCUUGCAGCUGUUGGCGAACAGGAACUAGACUUUCGCUUCUCCGUUUCGCAACCACUCACGACGUUCCGACACUUCAAGGAUGGCAUUUCCAAGCUUAAACAAGUCACUGGAAGAGCCCAACGUGAUAUGCAACGCUAUAUUGUUGCUCUCAUUGCCGACGCAGCCCCCCGUAGUGUUGUGAUAGCUGUUCGUGCGCUGAUGGACUUUCGCUACAUAUCGCAAGCGACAACGAUCGACGAAGCGCAUUGUCAAAAGAUUCUCGGUGCCCUCGAGGAAUUUCACGAACACAAGCAAGAAAUCAUUGCUUGCGGUGCACGUCGAGGUGCAAAGAGCAAACAGGUCCUCGACAACUGGCAUAUACCCAAAUUGGAGUUGAUGCAGAGUGUCGAGCCCAGCAUACGUCAAGUCGGCUCUCUCUUGCAGUGGUCUGCUGACACCACAGAGCACGCUCACAUCACCCUAAUCAAGGAUCCCGCAGAUUCCUCCAACAACAUCAACUAUGAUGCUCAAAUAUGCCGGUUUCUUGAUCGCCGAGAGAAAUGUCGAAACUUCCAGAUUGCAACAUCAAUAAUCGCUCGUUCACAAUCACAGUCACAAGCUUCUACUUCUCGAAUGACGGACGCCAGUUCGGAACAUCAUGACGAGUCGCACGACGAAGAUCCACACGCCGACAAAUCAAACUUGCAGACAGGUUUGGAUGAUCUCUGGGGGCCGAAGCGUGUAGUGACCGAUUUCUUCAAGAAGGCAGAGCAACUCUCUUCAGAUAUUGAAGUAGCCAGACCUCUCCGCACAUUCGUGGUCGGUGCAGCAGCAAUCCACCUGAAUUUCGAUCCUUCGAUACGACGCAUACCAGUCGAUGUCGUCGCUGAAAAAUUCUCUCUACCUGACUUGCGGGGAGCACUCGCUGACUAUAUUCAACGAGAGGGCAUGGCUCAGAACGUCCACUCGCUGAGGGGACAACGCCGAGCAUUGCCUGAUGCACCUCUUCCUUUUAAUGACCUUAUGGUCUGGUUUAAAGUACGCGUGCAGCAGGCAUCGUACCACAGCCCAUCAAUCACUCCUCCUGCUCUCACAGUCAACGCGCAUCCUCCGAGCGCAACUUGGAAGUAUGGGCGUUAUGACGCUGCUAUUUUCACUGUUGAUGACACCGGACGUGAACAAUGGCCUACUAGUGGGCUUAAAGGCCAUGAUGUUGUUGAGGUGCACCUUAUCAUGCAACCGCUUCCUCCACGAGGAAAACCUGGUAGUGCCCCUUGGGCCACGCGUUUUCUUACUUAUGUUCAGCGCCUAGAUGUUAUGCCUCAGCGUCAUGGAAGCUUGCUGGAAUGCACAACACAGAUGCAUGUUUUAAAACGUGCAAUGCGAUCAGCAGGGACUCCCUUCGGUGAUAUCCUCCCACUAGAUCAACUUCGUUCUUUUGCUCAAAUUAUCCCCCGCUUUGGUCGUGUUGCUGAUUCUCGUUUAACAGCACAAAAUAGUGCUCACUUUGCUCAGACAUUCUUCCUAAAUAAGUACAUCAACAAAGACUUCUACUAUGCUAUCUCAAACUAG